AUGAAGCUUUGUGAAUCAUCUAAUAGGAUUGGAUUCAUUGGCGGCGUUUCAAUAUUGGUUUCUUCAAUGAUAGGGCCAGGACUGAUAACAACACCAACUGGUGCUUUAUUAUUGUGUGAGGCUAUUGGUUCUUUACCUGGUAACGAAAGAUUCACUAAAAGAAUAGAGUAUUCUAAACUUUGUUCUUUAUUGAUCACAAAUCGAUUUGGACGAGUGUUAACACAAAUAAUAAUAUAUGCAGCGAUCGAAACUUUUAUUAUAACUUCAAUUAUUCUUUCAGCUCAAUUAUUUGAUAAUUUGUUGAUCGACUUUUUAAAGAUUUCUUGUGGGAUUGCUAUAUAUCCAGAAUUUGGUUGGAUUUGUAUUGGAACUUUUGGCAAUAUUAAUGGUCCAUUUGAAAAUCGGUUGAUGUUAUUUACUAUCGGUUUUAUGUUAACAAUAUUAAUUGCUACACCGAUGGUAUGGAUGGAAUUAUCAAGUAACACUAAAAUUCAGAUCGAACGAAUUCCCAUAGUUGGACAAGGUCAAGAUCCGAUUAUAAAAGCUGUACUGUAUAAUUAUGCUUUUGUCAUUACUGUGCCGAGUUUGGUUAACGAAAUGAAAAAGGAUGUUUCAAUUCGAAAAGUCGUAUGGACUUCAGUCUUUAUUACAACCCUUUGUUAUAUCUCUUUAGGAAUUAUUGGCGCCAUGUCUCUUAGAAUGGAAUUAACAACAAAUUUAAUAACAUCAAUCCGAAAAUCAGAAUUACAUAAUACUUUUGUUGAUAUUAUUAGCUAUUUAUUUCCAAUUGCAUUGCUUGCUGGAAUACCGGUAUAUGCCAUAGUUAUACGUUAUAAUUUGAUUCGAUCUGGAAUUUGUAAAGACAAAAAAUCGCAGAUAGCCAAGCAAUUAGACUUACAUUUCAAUAUACCCUCAGGUCUUGAUAAAAUUCCAGAUAAAAGUAUUGUAGAAAAACUACAUGAUCCAAAACUAUACCGAAUGUCAGCGGAUGCAAUACCAUUAAGCGAUAUUCCGGAUGAUUUUACUGUUAAUUCUGAUUUUAUAAAUAAUGCCAGAUUAACAUUACCUCCUAUUACAACGAUGGAUCCUGAUUUAUUUUCUAUAUUAUUACCUUCACAACCAUCAACUCCACAACAUCCUUCAACUCCAAGAUCUGUUAGUACUGAUGAUGAUGAAUUCUACGGUCUUUUCCCUGCUCCUAAACCUUUCAAAGCAUUUUUCCCUAACAUUGAAUUAGAGAAAAAUGAUGUAAAUGAAGAAGGAAGUAUGACUGAAAAAAAUGAUUUUUGUAGCAUUUGGAUUGCCUGGACUGCCGGACUCAUUAGUUGUUUACUUAUUGGUUUUGCUAUUAUAUAUAGUUUUGUGGAUUUAUCUUUUGGAAUUAAAACUAGUACUCUAUUGUAA